CUAAAAAUGAAAAGUAGAAGAAAUGGAAGAAAAGAAAUUGGAGUGAUUUGAGUUUUCUUGUGCAAAGGGAAAAGAAGUAAUAAAGGUUGUCUCUAACCCACACUUGAAGAGACGAUUUUUCUCUCAGUUCUCACCCUCGGUCUUUCAUCUCUCGAGUACCAAGCUAGUCAUUUGCUAAAGUGGUUUUAUUUUCGGGUUUCACCUGAGAUUUUCCAUCAAGGAAAAAUGAGUUCUGUCGAAUUGAAACAAGCCAACCUUUUGAGCUCUGAUUCACAGAGGACCCAGUAUCCGUAUGUGACGGGUACGUCUGUGGUUGCUCUCAAAUACAAAGAUGGUGUUUUAAUGGCUUCUGAUAUGGGAGGUUCUUAUGGGUCUACACUGCGAUACAAGAGCGUGGAGCGAAUCAAGCCUAUUGGAAAGCAUUCCCUACUUGGGGCUAGUGGAGAAAUAAGUGAUUUUCAGGAGCUAAUGCGUACUCUUGAUGAACUCAUCCUAUACGACAACAUGUGGGAUGAUGGAAAUUCGUUGGGACCUAAAGAGGUUCAUAACUAUUUGACCAGAGUUAUGUACAACCGACGCAAUAAGUUCAAUCCCCUUUGGAAUUCACUUGUCCUUGGUGGAGUGAAGAAUGGACAAAAGUACCUUGGCACAGUAAGCAUGAUAGGUGUUCAUUUUGAGGAUAAUCAUGUGGCAACCGGAUUUGGAAACCAUCUUGCACGACCAAUUCUUCGUGAGGAAUGGCAUGAAAAUUUGAGUUUUGAGGAUGGUGUGAAGAUACUGGAGAAAUGCAUGCGUGUUCUCCUUUAUCGUGAUAGGUCUGCUGUCAACAAGCUUCAGAUAGCUAAAAUAACCGACGAAGGUGUAACAAUUUCUCAGCCCUACUCGUUGAAGACUUUCUGGGGAUUCUCUGCCUUCCACAAUCCAACAGCGGGUGCCGAAGGAUCAUGGUAGAUGGGUGACUGAACUUCUUUCUAGAGUUCAUUGUCUGAAUCAGAUUGGGUAACAUUAAAUUGUGUCAACUAGAGUACAAGUUUAAAUUCCAUGCCCAACUAAUAUAUAAGUUUAAGUUCGAUGUGCUAUUUCGUUCAUUGACUCUUGUGAAAUUUUAUGGUUGUUGAAUCACUACAAGUUAAAAACUCGCAACACAUCGGUUCCUAGAUGGCACUGGAUAGAAAUGAUGACUUUCCCUGUUUACCCCCAA